AUGUAUCAAAAUGCCAGGGACUCACCCAUUUUAACAUUUGCAAUGCAAGUGCAAAGCACUAAGAAUCUCACAAGUAAAAGGUUGUUCUUCCCUUAUAACAUCUUCAACACUGUUCUGGACCGGAGACGCGGUCCGAUGAGCAGGGCCCUUUUCCUUCAAAUGCUGUUUUGUGGAAAAUCUUUCUGUAACACUGCCUUGCCAGAAUUUGCUAAGUUUUGUCCUAAGACUAGACUUAGCCAGACGACAAUACUUUGGUUUUACGGGUUUCUUCCCUCCCUCCUCCCCCCUCCCCUCUAUCUUAAAGUAAACGCUUUUUGGUUUGAAUCUCAUCUAUACGAUCUUUACAUCACUACCAUUCAACUUCUACUGCAAAAAAAAAAUUUGGGUCAUGUUACAUGUGCUGUUCAGCAGCGAGAAGCUGCUUCGGUUACAAACUACCACCACCCGUGCUGGGCAUUUAAGAAAGGCCGACAAGGCCUUUUUCCGGCCGAUCACUGUAUUAAAAUCAUCGGACAUAGAGCUGCGGUGACAAUUUCUUCAAUUGCAGCUGAAAACACAUCAAAAACGAUGAUAAUCCGAACGUGUGCCCUCGACUCAGGAACAUUGACUGCUGACACUGAUACAGGGCAAAAAAGUUGCAAAUGGAGAAGAAGUAGCAGAACUUGCAAUCAGGAACGUACAAUAUUGUAA